CAAAAAGACGUCGAGAUUAUGACGUUCACUCUCGCCGCUAUCCGGGCUAUCUUUCCCUCACUACGAAGGAAAGCCCAGCUAUAGAAUUUGAGUAGCAGUGUUUUUAAAAGAAAUCAAAGAAGAGAACAUGGAUUAUUUAUAUUUUCCGGAUAUUUACAGUAUUACAACUGUUUCGCACAGAACAAUUGAUGUUUUCGCUACAAUAAGCGAAUCUUUCGAAGUAAACUUCAAUUCGGAAACUGCGGAUUUCCCAAGAGAACAAAUUCAAAGUGUCAUGCACAAGAUGAUGGCAUACAGACAGAAUAUUGAAUUUCCAGAAAUAAACAAAUUGUUUUAUUUACUGUCUGAAAUGAUUUUGGGUGUUGUUGGAGCACACGAGACAGCUAGCAAUAGUAGAACGAAGGAGUCCAUUGCUUCCAGCAUCCAAAACAAGUUUGUUAAACUGAUUUCGUCAUCUGACAGCAUUCCACCAAUACCAACAUUUGAUCAGAUAAAAGUGGAAGAAUACCAAAAACAGGUCAAUGAAAUGAAUAAACUAUUGAGAGUUCACACUUAUUUGUACAAGGAUCUUCAAAGACAACAAGAGGUGUGUUGGAUUGCUGAUACUAAAGUACAGAAAUAUGAGUUAUGCCUGAAGACGGCUAAAUUGUCAAGAAACCACUUAGCGGACAAAUUAUCAAGUAAAAACCUGAAAGUUCGAGAUAACAGCAUUACACAAUUGCAGACGACACUGAAUUAUAAAAUACAGAAAGCAGAAGAAUCAAACAGGAGAUAUCAAACUUUGCUGACAAAAGAAAAAAAUACUAGAAAUGCUUUGAAAUUGCUUGAAAGUGACCUAUUGGAGGAUAUACGAUUUAACCUAACAGAUCGUAUUCACAGUGGAUUGCUGUCUAUGAAGUAUAUCUUUGCAGCACAUACCAACAAGCUCUAUGAAGUACUUCCACAUAUUGACGACUUUGACUGCAGAUUGGCUGCAGAAUCAAUUAUAGGAAAACUUAGCUCUAAAUACCAGUUCAGUUUACCUCAGGAAUUUCAAACUGCAAACGGAUUUAAAGUCAAGCUUCCAGAUAUACAAUAUGUUAAUUUCAAAUCAGACAUGCAAACAACGAAAGAACAACCAUCUGAGCUGACAAAAGAACAACGCAAUAACAAUAACAUCAGUUGCCAAGAAAACCAGUUUAAUUUUUUAAGCAACACUUAUGUGAAGACAAAGGAUUUAUCAGAGAAAUCAAACGAUUGCUGUGUCAAAAUUAAAGAAGGAAUGAUCGUUAAAUUGAAGGUCGCUACAGACAAGUCAGAAGUUGCCUUUGGAUGGUAUAAGACAAACCCAUGGAGUCAAAAGAAAUGGGGAUUCUUUUGCAAGACUACAGAAAACAUGGACUAAACAUAAACACAGAUGAAAUUGAUUAUUUUUUUGAAAUUAUUACAACUACAAGAGGUUUUUUUUAUAGUGAUUCAUCAUUGAGUUGUGGGAGUAUAUGUUUUUCGGUCUGUGCGAUUGAGAAAAUACGAGUCGGAGUAAGAGAAGAGAGUUUGCGUGCCUGUGUAUGUGAGAGAAUGUAUGUAUGUUUGAGUGAGUGAGCCGCAUGAAAUAGGGUGUGUAUUGGUGGAAUUAUGUGGUAAGAGAACAUGCGAGUGUGCAAGUGUUGUCGUUGUUCAAUAUAAGUGAGUUUAAAGAAGUUAUUUAUUAAAUAUUUUUUUACGAA